AAAUAUACUCCAGAAACAUCUCUUACUCAUCAUCAACAGCAACAACUAAACUUUUAGUUCAGAGAGAAUAAGAGAGUCCCAGAGAGAAAAAUGGAAGUAGUUAGCCAGAUUGAUCAAGAAAAUCAAGCAAUAAUCUGGAAACAAAUUUAUGGUUUUUCGGAAUCAUUACUUCUCAAAUGUGCAGUUCAAUGUGAGAUUGCUGAAACUAUUCAUAACCAUGGAACACCGAUGUCUAUAUUGGAAUUAGCUUCUAAGCUUCCAAUUGAUCAACCGGUUAAUAUCGAGCGUUUGUACCGUGUGAUGCGUUACUUAGUUCACCAGAAACUUUUCAACAAGGAAGUUAUCACCACGCUUAAUGGUGGAACCGUUCAAGUAACAGAGAAAUACUGGUUAGCUCCACCAGCGAAAUACCUAAUAAGAGGGUCUCAACAAUCAAUGGUUCCUUCAGUUUUAGGAAUAAUUGAUGAAGAUAUGUUUGCUCCGUGGCAUAUUCUAAAAGACAGUUUAACUGGUGAAUGUAACAUUUUUGAGAAAGCGUUAGGAAAGAGCAUUUCUGUUUAUAUGAGCGAAAAUCCUGAAAUGAAUCAAAUUUCCAACGGAGCAAUGGCUUUUGAUAGUGGAUUAGUUAUUUCGCAUUUGGUUAAUGAAUGCAAAAAUAUUUUCGGUGAUGAAAUUAAAACACUCGUUGAUGUUGGUGGUGGUACUAGUACUGCAGUCGCAGCAAUUUCCAAAGCGUUCCCCAAUAUUAAGUGCACGCUCUUUGAUCUUCCUCAUGUUAUAGCUGAUUCACAUGAAAUUCAAACUAUUAAAAAAGUUUCAGGAGACAUGUUCAAGUCAAUUCCUAGUGCUGAUGCCAUAUUCAUGAAGAAUAUCCUUCACGAUUGGAACGAUGAUGAAUGUAUUCACAUUCUAAAGCGUUGCAAAGAUGUAGUGUCAUCGGGAGGGAAACUUAUUAUUGUUGAAAUGGUGUUGGACGUGGAUUCUGUUCAUCCAUAUUCAAAACUUAGACUCACAUCUGAUAUAGAUAUGAUGGUUAACAAUGGAGGUAAAGAGAGAACCGAAGUGGAAUGGAAGAAACUUUUUGAUGCAGCAGGUUUUGCUAGUUGCAAAUUUACUCAAAUGUCAGCAGGUUUUGCAGCUCAAUCUAUAAUUGAGGUCUAUUGAUGAUGAUAUAUGUUGAGGAAUCGCGUUUAGCCUAUUUGGAGGCCGAGAGUUUGUUAGCUUUAGAGACUAACAAAGGCGUUCCUAUUAUUGGAAACUUUGUAUCUUCAAGUAAUUUCAUGUCUUUAAAAAAAAAUCAGAUUUACUGUGUUUGGCAAGUUUAUAAUUUUCCAGUAAUAAAGUUUGUAAGGGUGAAACUUUUUAUGUAUAAGUAGGGCUUCUGUAAUGAUUUGACCAAUAAUAAUAUCGUGAUCAAAUUCGUGUUUCUAAUAAU